AUGGCUCUUCCUCAAUCUCUCCGACAAUCUGUAACACCUCCAGAGCUCGAGCUCAUUGCCAGCCAGGAGCUUAUCGAUGUUGUACCCCUUAUUUCAAUGGAGAGGACAGCCUUCAUCUCGGGAGCAUAUGGUCCUUUACGGCCCCCAAACAAAGCCAGAAUACCCUUAUGGAUGGCCGUCAACCUUAAAUUGAAGAAGAAAUGUCACAUAGUGGCUCCGGAUUGGUUCAACGUUGAUUAUCUACAAACGCGGUUGGCGCGCGAGACCUCGGAACCCGUUUUCAGUGAUUUACCUUUUCGGUUUGCGGAGAUCUCAAAGGUUCUCCUCGAUGUUGCAUCGGAUGAUCUCGAGAACCCCGAUAAGUUAAGAUCCCUUUUGAAAGACCUCCGGGAGGCCCGACAAGCUAAAUGUAGAGAAGGUCUUCGGCAGAUUGAUCACAGUGAACUCAGUCUUCCCAACCUAUGUUCAAUGGAGAUCAACGAGAUUCGCCCAUUCUUUAUCGAAUCUAUGAGUGUCCUGACUCGAUUGGUUCGCAAUCCAAUAGUGGAUCGGUGA